UUCAGAUUCUGAUGUUCUGGCGGUAAGAGAGACGGGACAUCAAUCCCAAUGAGACGAAAGAGAAAUGCAUCCACCGAUAAGUCGGAGGUGCUACGGCUUACGUCAGAUGAGAUCAAUCAUAAGAAGCUGCGUGUUCGUCAGCUUCAUAAGUUCACUAUCCUUCAUUACUCGCCCUUUAAGGCAGUGUGGGAUUGGUUUAUACUUCUCCUCGUAGUCUACACAGCUAUCUUUACUCCAUACUCAGCAGCCUUCCUACUCAAAAAUGACGAAAAUAAGGCCAAGCUUAACAAGGAUGCUGAUACACGAGACGGCGACAGUCUCUCACAGAGUUACACCCAACCCUUGGUAUUCAUCGACAUGGUGGUCGACGUCAUGUUCAUCGUCGAUAUCUUCAUCAACUUUAGAACCACCUUCCUCGACGACUCCCUGGGCGAAGUCAUCUCAAACCCGUCGAAGAUAGCCAAGCAUUAUCUGAAGGGAUGGUUCGUGAUCGACGUCAUGGCCGCCAUUCCGUUCGAUCUCCUUCUCUUCUCCGUGGCAGCGGAUGAGAAAACGACGUCAGCAAUGAGUUUAUUAAAGACAGCUCGAUUGUUGAGAUUACUUCGUGUUGCUCGUCGUCUAGAUCAGUAUUCUCAGUUUGCUCCAGCCGUCGUGUGCCUACUCAUGUGUGCCUUCACCCUGGUCUCUCAUUGGAUGGCUUGUAUAUGGUACGCUAUCGGGGAACAACAAAGACCAGAAAUACAGUAUGGCUGGCUAGACAUGUUAGCGCAAGAUUUAUUUACUCCGUAUACGAAUGCAUCGACAGGUGGUCCGUCAUUAAAAGAUAAAUACGUCUCAUCUCUAUACUUUACGUUAACCACACUAACCACGGUGGGGUUCGGUAAUAUAGCGCCCUCAACGGACGCAGAGAAAUUAUUCGCCAUCUGUAUGAUGCUUAUAGGAUCCCUUAUGUUCGCGUGUAUCUUCGGGAACAUGACGGCGAUCAUCGAGCGUCUCUACGCCGGUAUAUCCCGGUAUCAGCAGCAGCUCAACCUGGUCAAAGAGUUCGUCAAGUUUCACAAUGUACCCAAUCCGUUACAGAGUCGACUCAAGGAGUAUUUCAAACACGCUUGGGUUUAUAUGAACGGAAAUGACUUCCAUGAAGUCGCUGAGGUUAUGGCCGACUUUCCUGAUUUUCUUCAAGCUGAUAUAUCACUUCAUUUAAAUCGUAAUCUUCUCAAAGAAUCCAACGCAUUUCGAGGCGUAAACCACGGAUGUUUACGAGCGUUAUCCAUGAAAUUCAAGACAACGCACACAGCUCCUGGUGAUAUAUUAAUACACAAAGGCGACUCGUUGAAUAUCAUGUACUUUAUAUCGAGAGGAUCCCUGGAAAUUUUACAGGGAAACCUUGUUUUAGCAAUUUUAGGAAAGAACGAUGUUGUAGGAGAGAAUUUCUGUACGUGCGAGGAUGUAGGGAGGUCAAAGGGCACCGUGAGGGCAUUGACCUACUGUGACCUGGUGACCUUAGCAAGGGAUGAUCUGAUGGAUGUGAUCAGGUCAUAUCCAGACUUCAAAGAACAUUUUGCAGAGAAGGUUGAAAUCACCAUGGAUAUGCGAGAUUAUGAUCCAUCUGAGAGAAGACCCUCGGCGGUUCCUGAGAAAGACAUUGAGGCUGACAAGACAACAACACCUCCAAAGAAAACUUCAAGUACACGAAACAACUUGUCAGUUAGCAAUACCAGGUUAACUAUAACACCUAUGCAAAGCUCUGAGAAUCUUCAGACUAUCUAUCGCGCUACAUCACCCAGUACUAGGAGACGCUUCAGGAAACGAAGUGAGAAGUCAAGGUCACAGUCACAAGAAUCUUCCAAGCGUACCACAGUCGACAUCGAGAUGAAUCGACUGAACGCUGACGAUGACGAGGAGGAAGACGAAGGCGAAGAUGCUCCAAUGAUUCCUAAACACACCAGCAGUCCUCGUGCUCCACAAAAACGUGAAUCCAUUCCUCAUAGCCCUCUGAAAGAGACUCAGUAUAUGGCAGCAUCAGAACCACAACUUGCUGAGACAAAACAGAGAGGGCGUGUGUCAGGCGGGCUGGGGAUUAGAGGAACGCCAGAGGGUGCUCCAACUAGUUCAUCAACAGGACAAAUUGCACCCUCAGCGGUACAUAUUGUGGAUGCGAACAAACUUGUGUGUGAUAGAGCAGUGCAUAACAAAAUAGAUGAGCUUUACCUGCAGCUGGAUAAUAUUGAGAGAAGUUUUGAUGAGAAGAGGAACGAGAUCAUCGAUGUUUUGUUGAAAGAACAAAAGCAGAAAGAAAUGGCGGUGAUUGCACAAACCAUGCAACAAGAUGCCCAAACAUUGCUUCAUAAUAUCAUGCCGUCCACCAAUACCAAUCAACAGAUUCCCAGUGUGUCGAAUCGUGUCCCUGCCACAUUGGCAUCUGUUAUUACAGGAAACAAUGGCACGUCCAACGAUUUACAUGAUGUGGAUAGACUCCUAAGCCAGCCGUUUCCAGGUGAUCAACCGGUGGAUGUUCCAGUCCUGCUACCGGAAUCGAAUUCCCAUUCAAUGCCUCGUCAACAAUCCAUGUAUUCCUCAAACACGAUGCCACGUGUCAAGAAAUGCGAGCAACCGAGCGAGUCGUACACGGAAACACAGACAUUACAUCGGCAAUCACGCUCUCCGCGUUCGGACAAGCGAUCGUCGUCGACGCGGUCGCAACGUCCAAGCUCUGCAUCCGGCCGUGUCUCUACAGCACAUCGCUCUGUUUCUGGCCACAACCUUCAGGCUGCCUCAUCGACUCCGUCUGUAAGCGGUAGGCUAUCUACGGACACACCUGAAGAUAUAUGGCUAGAACGAACGGAUAAUAGAAAGAAAAAGGAUGACUCGAUCAUUUCGUCAACGUAUUGCUAAUAAAUCGCACAUAAUUGUCAUCCUAAUCGUAUGGUACAUGUGUUUUUUCUAAUACUCGUUUUGUUGCCACAUGGUAAGAUACUACGUAACAGCUGGCGAUCCAAGGAGUAUUAAAUCUGCAACAAUAAUUAUCUUAUAAGUACGCACAUUAUUCACAAUGUCUGUCCACGUGCUUGCUGCGUGGACAAGACAUGUUUAUUCACGUGCUUACAUCGUGGACAAGACAUGCGCAAUGCAUGAUCCUUCGGUUCCUUCAUGUGACCCGGAAGGAAUACGAAUGGAGGUUAGGCUGGAGAGGACCAAUCAAAGAAUGGGAUUUGAAAACUCGCAUCACGUGUUGAAUUCAUCACAUGAUCAUGUGCCGAGUUUGUGCCGUUGAUAAAAUGGAGAAUGACUACGUCUUUUCUUAUUCAUGGGUGGGAUUUCUUAAGAAUUCUGUGUUUCAUCUACCGAUGAUAAAUAUAGUGUAUUUACGCCAUCAUAACAUGUAUAAAUCCGUACAAUAUUUUCAUAUUUUGAUUCAAAGGUAAAUAUGUUUGACUGUAGUAGACCGAAGUUUUGUAGAAAAUUAUGGCAAAAGUGAAAAUGAAAACUUUGACAACUAAUCUGCCUAACUUGUCCUAUGUGACGUUUAUUUUUUAAUGCGGUAUCCGCUACGGAGUCCUGAUACAUGUUUAUCCACGGCUUCUCACAUGGAUAGAAACGAAAAUAUACAAACUUUCGUUUACGCUUUAAGUCCCAAACUCGUUGUCUCAAAGGCUCAAAUUUCCCACCGUGUCAAGAUAAUCCGAGAUUUAAAAAUAAAAUGAUUAGAAACCAAAUAAGCUAAAAGUGCACUUGACAGAACAGUCGUUACAUUUUUGCUUAUUGAGGGAUUUUCCAAAAUCAUAAAACAAAAUAUCAAACCUUAGUUGUAAGAUAUUCCAAAAUCACAACUAUUCUCUACUUUUGGAAAAGGGUCAUUAAAAUUUAAUCAUGAUAAAAUUCGAAAAGCUGGGACACUUAAAAGCAUAUUUUUCCUGUGUCACUUUAUAGCAUAAUUAGGGACCCGUUUCACAAAGCCUUUUUUCAAUGACAAACGACAAAAAUCAGUGACAAAUCUGCCGAUAACCAAUCAGAAGCAAGGAUUUCACUAGCUUAUAACAAAAAUUGUAAUUUGUCACUGAUGACAAGUUUUGUGAAAUGGGGCCCAGAUAUUCGGCAGAAAUAAGCGAGUUUGUUUUUUAAAGUCAAAGCCAAAUACAAACCAUGUAUAUUGUCUUCCUUGUAUCUCCUCUUGUUAAAUAUUAUAAAAGCAUGACAAUUUUGUAUCAGAGAUGAUUUUUUUUUGUAUAUGAAGUGACACGUGUUUCCUUUAUGCAGAAACUAUAGUGAAAAGUUAAAUGAUUUUCGGACUAUUCAUAUUUAUUCCCUUCUCUUUCUAUUUCAGUUCCAUCUCUAUAAUAUUUCAAUCUACACUAAUAUGCUUUUCUCUCUGAAAAAUUUCGCAUUCCGGGAAGGCAUACAACAUGUAUACAUGGGUUGUCGAAUCCAAUAUUGUCACCAAUCCUAAUAUAUUAUUAGACAUUGUGGGCAAUCGCGUCUGACGCAUAUGUUCAAAUAUGAAUUACUGUAUAAAUGAAAGAGAUUUAUAAAGAGAGGAGAGAGUGCCAAAAAAGAAAGGUAUAUAGAUGUGUUUAUUGAAUGUAGAAACGUGGAAUCAGAAAGAAACUAUACUUCCAGAUUUGUAUUAGACAAAAAAAGGUUUUAACAGUAAUAGUUGUUAGAAUAUUAAGAAUUAGAAAAGCUGUGAAUCCCAUUUUUGUAUUUUAUAUAUUUGUAAAUAUGUAUGAUAUCAGAGUAUGCACUCUUUAUUGAUUUAGUUAUUAUCUAUAUCACAAAUUUGAUUAGCUUGUUAUCUGUACAAUUAUGAGCAAAUUUUAUCAGAUUUUAAAUCGAAAAAAGUGGUGUGUAAAUCAAAAGAAUUUUAUACUGAGAGUUUUGAAAGAUAACUAUUUAUAUUCAGGUUUCAUCUUACUCGCUUAAAUGCAGGGGAUUUGAGAUCUACCUUUUAGUCAUAUUAGUCCUUGUUUACUUAGAGAUGAACCCACUUAAAAAUUGGAUCCACUUUUCAACGAAUGUCUUGAACCUGUUCGACCAGAUAUUUAAAUGUACUUUAUGCUGCUAUUACGUACUACUUGAUGAUAAUUUAUUCUAUUCAUUUGAUGAAACAUGAAAUAUAAUAUGGUGACGUGUGAUUAGAGUCGCCUGUUUUGGUCACGUGUUCUCAAUCCUCUCAAAAGGGCUAUAUCUCUCCUUACGGGGUUUGAGAUUACGGAGUGCUUGUUUAUAGGUCAAAUGGCAUUGGAAGCAUUGUUGUCGAAACACUUCCCAUAACAUAGGCAUAAUUUUGUAUAGCAUGGAAACAAACAUUUGAUGUUUUACGAGGGUAAUGAUGGUAACCAUGGUAACUCAAGUUUUAAUUUCAGAUAUGCACCUGAUUAUUUAAAUACGCAGCUUUUACACAAAUCUUUUUCACUUUAUUAACGAAUUAUAGAACAAAGGGCGAAGAACAAAGAUAAUAGUCAAAUAUAUAAAUUAUAUUUAUUGUAGAUAAUUACAGCUAUAUUUCCCCUAUUUUUAAUUUUCAGUCGAUAACUCUCAAAUCAGUAUUAUAAUUCGCAAAAUUUUCCUCUCUAUUCAUCCUUUUGAGAAUAUUUUGGAGAAAGUCAUAUCUUCGGGCUAAUUCUGCAUCCAGAUUCACAGCUCGUACUAAUUUCGUUUCCUUAAGGGUUUCCUUCCCUAUCUUCAGGGGCGGAGUGGAACUGACAUUCGGUUAGGGAAUUUCGAUACAAUCAAUAAGCCAUCCCUUAUUAAUCAAUUCUUUCAAAAAUCGGAUGGCAAGAUGAUUGUGAAUGUCUGCGCUGUGCAGGACAUGAGUGCAAAAUGCUAUACCAAAGAUGUGUUACCUAAUGCGAAAUGAGUAGUACCUCGUGCUAUGCUUUUUAAUUUACCUUUCUGAUUUGAUAAUGAAUCCACUUAAUUCAUAUUUCACAGUCUUAUAUAAAAUUGUUAUAUGCCCUGGAUUUCAAAAUCGACCCUAACUUCUGCUGCAAAGCAACCCGUGUCUUGUCGUAGGCGAUUCACUUGAAUCCAUGGCUUCCUGGCGUGGUUGCUGUCAGAAUGCUGAGAGGACAAAGCUUUAAAAUAUUGGUUGAGCCUCUCAGGGCUAACUGAUCCUGUGGCACCAGCUUCCUAAAGGUUCUCCACAUAAUGGGCGCAGAAUCCCUCUUGAGCGCUGCAUGGGACUGGUAUAUGGGACUGGUUUAUUGUGAUAGAUAGUGGAUAGAACCCGCAGCCAAUGGUUAAUAUUUUUUAAGUUUUAGAACCCAAUCUAAUAUUAAUUCCCCUGUCGUAAUUAAGUCCACUCUAUAUUACUGUCUUUGUCUUUCAAUGUUAAAUUUUCCCUCCUUAAGUUGUUACAAAUUCCUUUAUUUCCACUUUCGGCGUUUCUAAUUGCUUUUGUGUUUGAGCAAGAUUUUAUGAUUCAAUGAUUGUACAAUAUUUUUUCUUCAAAAAUGCAUAUUUUGUAUAUAUUUUGGUUUGCAUUUGUAAAUUAUGAUUGAUUUUAUUAAUUCUGUAUAUGAUUACUAGUGUUUGUUUUUCUUUGAUUUGAUUUUUUUUCUUUUGAUUUGGUUUUAUUUGCUGUGUAUUAAUACAGACUGUCAGAUCCUACUAAUUUGGAGGGACUAUAGUAUCUAAUUAGAACCCUUCUUGUUGUUACAAGUUACGCUGGUAUUACGUUGUGAAACCUCGUCAUGUCAUGACGUCAGGUUAACCGAAAUUAAGGGGGCGGGGGCAACGAUAUCUACAUCUACAACAUAACAUCAUGCUGGCAAAUAGUAAUACUCAUUUUAAGGCCUGGUUCAUAAAUGACGCGAUAAAACCGCGGCGGUUUUUUAAUAAUGACGUAACUUUUAAUACGCUUUAUGUUUCUGUAUCUUAUAACACAGUGCUGAGUGAAA